ACACACACACUGGCUCUGUCUGAGCUACGUAGCGUGUGUGUAGCCCUCAAAGUGGAGUAGAUGAUGAACUGAGCAACAGAUAAGACAACAAAAUCCUCUCUACGAAAGCGACACAGACCUGAUUCAGUGACUGUGGUGAUAUGAGCAAUCCCGAUCGGAGAGAUCUGACUGGGCCGAGCAGGCUGAAGUGAAGAAGCAGGACUUUUCGUGCCUGUUGGUGUUCACGCUGGCCAUCAGAUGACCAAGUUGUGAAAAGUCGAUCUGCGCUGUCUUUGCAGUUUUUCCACCUCGACACUUCGAAAUAACGUCAUGUCUGCCUCGUCUUCUAGUCUCCUGCUCCUUCUUCUGAUUUCCUCCCUGGAUUGGCUGUCCACUCCAGGAUUUGCAUUACUCAUGGGUCGGGACCACGUGACGUCAUCAGCACCAGUGGAACCACACAUCACAGAGUGCAUAUCGAGGGACCAGGAGACAUUCAGAUGCUGGUGGAGUCCAGGCAACUUCCACAACCUGUCCUCCCCUGGAGCGCUCAGAGUCUUUUACCUUAAGAAAAACUCUCCCACCAGCGAAUGGAAAGAGUGUCCAGAGUACGUUCAUUCAAAUAGGGAAUGCUUCUUCGAUGUAAAUCACACAUCUGUUUGGAUCCCCUACUGCAUGCAGCUCCGCAGCCAAAACAACAUUACCUAUUUCAAUGAGGAUGACUGUUUCACUGUGGAGAAUAUUGUACGUCCUGACCCACCAGUGUCUCUAAACUGGACUCUGUUGAAUAUAAGUCCCUCCGGGCUCAGCUAUGAUGUCAUGGUCAACUGGGAGCCCCCACCCUCUGCGGACGUCGCGGCGGGCUGGAUGCGCAUUGAAUACGAGAUCCAAUACAGAGAGAGAAAUACCACAAACUGGGAAGCACUCGAGAUGCAGCCACAAACGCAGCAGACAAUCUACGGUCUGCACAUAGGAAAAGAGUACGAAGUGCAUAUCCGCUGCAGGAUGGUGGCCUUCACUAAGUUUGGAGAGUUCAGUGACUCCAUCUUCAUUCAAGUGACUGAGAUUCCCAACAAAGAGUCUAUUUUCCCGAUCACACUGGUUCUUGUUUUCGGGAUUUUGGGCAUCCUCAUACUCAUCAUGCUGAUUGUCGUCUCUCAGCAGCACAGAAUGAUGAUGAUUUUGUUGCCACCAGUUCCUGCACCCAAAAUUAAAGGCAUCGAUCCAGAGCUGUUAAAGAAGGGGAAGCUGGAUGAGCUGAAUUUCAUCCUGACUGGUGGAGGUAUGGGUGGCCUGCCCACUUACGCACCAGAUUUCUACCAGGACGAGCCGUGGGUAGAGUUUAUUGAGGUGGAUGCUGAGGAUACCGAUACUAGAGAGAAGGAGGGCAACCAGAGCUCAGACACCCAAAGGCUACUCAGUCUGUCGCAACCUGUCAGCCGCCACAUGAACAUAGGGUGCUCCAAUGCUGUCAGCUUCCCUGAUGAUGACUCAGGCCGGGCCAGUUGUUAUGACCCAGAUCUCCCCGACCAAGACACCCUAAUGCUGAUGGCCACCCUGCUGCCAGGCCAACCCGAGGAUGGAGAAGCCUCCUUUGAUGUUGUAGAAAGAGCCCCAGAGAGGGGUGAGAGGCCAUUUGUCCAAACUCAAACUGGAGGGCCCCAGACUUGGGUCAACACAGACUUCUAUGCCCAAGUCAGCAACGUGAUGCCCUCCGGGGGCGUCGUACUCUCUCCUGGCCAGCAGCUUAGAAUACAGGAGGGCACCUCAGCCACAGAGGAGGAAACACAAAAGAAGGGAAAAGAGCACAAAGGCUGCGAGGACGCUGAUGAAAACAAGCAGAAGGAGCUGCAGUUUCAGCUGCUGGUUGUGGAUCCUGAAGGAAGUGGCUACACUACAGAGAGCAACACCCGGCAGAUCAGCACUCCCUCCAGCUCCUUGAUGCCUGGCGAAGGUUAUCAGACCAUACACCCUCCGUCAGUGGAGACCAAACCUGCAGCCACAGCAGAGGAUAAUCAGUCCCCUUACAUUCUUCCUGACUCUCCCCAAUCCCAGCUCUUUGCGCCCGUUGCAGACUACACAGUGGUACAGGAGGUGGACAGUCAACACAGUCUGCUCCUCAACCCGCCUUCCCGCCAGUCUCCCCCUCCCUGCCUGCCACAGCACCCACUCAAGGCCCUACCUGCCAUGCCCGUGGGGUACAUCACCCCGGACCUGCUGGGGAACCUCUCACCAUGAAAUGACAAUGCCAUCAGGCCUUUUAAGAGUAAGGUUGAUAGACCAGGAAGUCCCAUGCAGUCACAAAAGCCUGUUUCUACCUGACUCAUGCUGGAAACCAAAUAACUCGCAGCACACAGUGUGGAUGAGAGUGUACAGGUGUUUGUUUUCACAGGGAAGCUGAAAGGGAGACGUGAAAGCUGUAUUCUUGACUCUUCUGCUACAGCGAUUAAUUUGAUGCAAAUGCAGCCAAACACCACAAACCAAAAUGCACAGUUUCACUCUAUUUUUUGACAUCAGUGCACAAGAUGUGCAGCUAUUAGAUUGUAAUGAGUCAAAAAGCAUUAAUUCACUGCUUGGAUCACAUUACAUCUCUGGCUAAUUGUGUUCAGAGCAAUGGCAUUGUUGAAGUCUUAAUCUUAUAGAGAGAUAUUGGUGUAUGAUUGGUCGGGAGAAGACGAGCAGAGUUAUGUUUUUCACACAACACCAAGAAAAAGCUGUUGGUGAUACCUCUUACUGGCAGAGAUGUUUUGCUGCUCAAUAGUGGCUUAUUUUUCUAAUCUUGCAUUUCAUGUCUCAUGAUACUAUCUUAUCAGCAUUUAAAGGAAAAAAUCCACCCUAAAAUACAGUUGAAAACACUUCUAUGCAUUUUUGCCUGGCAUUCCUGGCUUUAUUUUUGCUUAAUGUUCAUAUUUUCAUGAAUACGUGGCCAAACGUGGAUUACAAGAUGUCAAGAUAUUUUACUCUAUUUUUCUAAAGCCACAGUAGUUUCAUGCACUGUAAAUUUGAUGUUAAUCUGAAGUU